AUGGGGCUGAAGGCGCGGCGCGGCGCGGCGGGCGGUAGCGGGGCCGGAGGGGCGGCGGAGGGGCGGCGGGCUGCGGGCGGCGGCGGAGGGGACCCCGAGCAAGGCUCGCUCGCCCUGGGCUCCGGAGCCGAUCGCGACGGGACGCUGCUGCUGGAAGGCGGUGGGAAGGAGGAGGGCGGCAAGCGGAGCCCUCCGGGGUUGGGGCUGUUGGCGAAAACCCCCUUGAGCCGCCCGGUGAAGAGGAACCACGCCAAGUAUCGCCGGAUCCAAACUUUGAUCUACGACGCCCUGGAACGACCCCGAGGCUGGGCGCUGCUCUACCACGGCUUCGUGUUUCUGAUUGUUUUGGGGUGUUUGAUCUUAGCUGUCCUGACAACUUUCAAGGAGUAUGAAACUGUUUCAGGUGACUGGCUUCUUUUGCUGGAAACCUUUGCCAUUUUCAUCUUUGGAGCAGAGUUUGCCUUAAGAAUCUGGGCUGCAGGAUGUUGCUGCCGCUACAAAGGAUGGAGAGGAAGACUGAAGUUUGCCCGAAAGCCUCUGUGCAUGCUGGAUAUCUUUGUGCUGAUUGCUUCAGUGCCAGUGGUUGCUGUUGGGAACCAGGGCAAUGUUCUGGCCACGUCGCUCAGAAGCCUUCGCUUCCUUCAGAUCCUGAGGAUGCUCCGAAUGGACAGACGAGGCGGCACAUGGAAACUUUUGGGAUCAGCUAUUUGUGCACAUAGCAAGGAACUCAUCACUGCUUGGUACAUUGGGUUCCUGACACUCAUACUAUCCUCGUUUCUUGUUUAUCUGGUUGAAAAAGAUGUGCCGGAAAAGGAUGCUAAUGGGGUGGAGAUGAAGGAAGAGUUUGAGACCUAUGCAGAUGCAUUGUGGUGGGGGCUGAUCACCCUUGCUACAAUUGGGUAUGGUGACAAGACUCCCAAGACGUGGGAAGGACGGCUGAUUGCAGCUACAUUCUCACUCAUUGGAGUCUCUUUCUUUGCUCUUCCUGCAGGCAUUCUGGGUUCAGGGUUGGCACUGAAGGUCCAGGAGCAACAUCGUCAGAAACAUUUUGAGAAAAGAAGAAAGCCAGCAGCCGAACUCAUUCAGGCUGCCUGGAGAUACUAUGCUACUAACCCCAACAGAAUUGAUCUUGUUGCUACCUGGAGAUUUUAUGAAUCAAUUGUAUCAUUUCCAUUUUUCAGCCAAAAGCUGGGUCUCUUGGAUCGGGUUCGUGGUACCAAUACUAAAGGAAAGCUAUUUACCCCUCUGAAUGUAGAUGCCAUUGAAGAAAGUCCUUCAAAAGAGCCUAAGAAUGUUGUCUUGAAUAAUAAGGAGCGUUUUCGCACUGCAUUCCGAAUGAAAGCGUACGCUUUUUGGCAAAGCUCAGAAGAUGCAGGAACAGGGGAACCUGGGGGAGAAGAGAGAGGCGACAGUAGUGACUUUCUUAUGGAAGAUAUGAUUCCAACAUUCAAGACAGCCAUCAGAGCUGUCAGAAUACUACAGUUUCGUCUCUAUAAAAAAAAAUUCAAGGAGACUUUGAGGCCUUAUGAUGUAAAGGAUGUGAUAGAGCAAUACUCAGCAGGGCAUCUUGAUAUGCUUUCCAGAAUAAAGUAUCUUCAGGCAAGAGUAGAUAUGAUUUUUACACCUGGACCUCCAUCUACUCCCAAGCAUAAGAAAUCCCAAAAGGGAGGAGCUUUUUCUUACCCUUCACAGCAGUCUCCCAGAAAUGAUCCAUAUGUAGCCAAAGCAUCUACGGAAGAUACUGAAGACCAAAGUAUGAUGGGCAAAUUUGUUAAAGUUGAACGGCAGGUAAAUGACAUGGGGAAGAAAUUGGAUUUUCUUGUUGAUAUGCAUAUGCAUCAUAUGGAACAGUUGCAAAUACAAGUUGCUGAGAUAAGUCCACUGAAAGAAAUUGCUUCUCCUGCAAAAGAAAAGAGAGAAGAAAACAAGUAUUCCGAAUUAAAAACAGUAAUCUACAAAUACACUGAUCAGUGUACUCGUGAAACUCCUUACAACUUCCAGCAAGUUCCAGUCAACAAAGUCAGUCCGUAUGGUUUCUCAGCACACGGUCACAUGACUCAUUCACAGCCUCUUUCAACAGGUGGGCAAAACUCUGGCAAACUGCAAGCCACACCUUCCUCAACAUCAUAUGCAGAAAGGCCAACAGUUCUGCCUAUAUUUACAUUAAUGGACUCCCAGGUUAGCUACCAUUCCCAAGGAGACAUGCAAAGCCCUUACUCAGAUAAAGUGUCUCCACGGCAGAGAAGGAGCUUGACAAGAGACAGCGAUACCCCAUUGUCCCUUCUCUCCGUCAACCAUGAGGAACUUGAGCGCUCCCCAAGUGGCUUCAGUAUCUCCCAAGACAGAGAUGAUUUCCCAUUUGGCCCCAAUGGGGGAUCUGCAUGGAUGAGAGAGAAACGCUACCUAGCAGAGGGGGAAACAGACACAGACACCGACCCUUUUACACCAAGUGGCUCCAUGCCUUUGUCUUCAACAGGGGAUGGAAUUUCAGAUUCAAUAUGGACCCCUUCAAAUAAGCCAGUUUAGAAGUGCGUGGGGGGGUAGUCACUGGCUGACUUCUCCGUGUAAUUGAAUUAAUUUCCAUUGAAAUCAGCCACUGGUCACUUCAGAAGAGUGUUCUGCUCAGCAGCUCUGUCCUCCUGCAUCAUCCGGAUUAAAAAUAGGGUGAGCAUUCAUUCUGCUCUCAGUGUUGACAAUGUAAAUGUGUCCAGAUGUCACCAACAAGGUGAAACCUGGUGAUCAUCUCAGAUCUGGAAUGUGCACAAGAGCUUCAUCAGACUGCACUUCAGUUUGAGUCCAGAAAGUGCAUCAACCAAGGCACGCCAUUUGUGUGUCUGCCAUAGACACUGGGCACUGCAUAAUAAAGUAUCUGUGGUGUGAUCUAAAAGGUCAGGGUCUCUAUUUUGAAGUAGGUUUACCACAAAAAAAAGGAAACAUUCACAAUUUCAGAUGAGAAUGGCCUCUGAGUUUAUGCUGCUUUUCGUAUUAAAAUGAAUGUGAACAAAUAACAGAUUUAUUCUAUCAUAAAAUCAUAGAAUCACAAGAUUGGAAAGGACCUACAAGUCAUCUAGUCCAACCAUCCUCCCAUUACCAUUGCUACCAUUAUCUUUCAUUAAUAUGUGGCAUUUCAGUUUAACAGCUAUUAGUUUUCUUAGACUCAUAUCUUUCCAUUGUCUUUCCAUAUAGUUAGGAUUAAAGACUAUUGGAAUUUGCUCUUUGCUGACUCUUAUUUCCUGCAAGUAAUCAAGAAUCCAUUUUAGGGCUUGAAAUGUUUUUAUUAAUUAGGAAGUGUGGGCCUUUCCUCUGCUCUCCUUAAGUCACUAAGAAACCUGCUCACACUGAUGCACUGGGUCAGCAUAAGGUCCUAAUCUGCCUUUAUUUAUGAAUUUCCUUGGAAAAACACUGAUUGGAAAAUAGUUUUUUUUACCUGUUUUUUUUUUACACUGAUUUUUCUGUCACCAUAAAGUGACUAUAAAUCUGUAAGUUUUUGAAGAAGUACGUAUGUUUAUAUUGAGUAUCUCUCUUUGUUGCAUUAUCAUCAAUCAAUCUUCCUCAGUUUAAAUUCAAACCAAGAACAUUAAUUGUUGCAGAAAUGAAUGCCUAGUCUAAGUACACAGUUGUAUAAGUAUUUUAUGCUCCAUUUAGGAAAUAAAUACUUUCAGAAAAACCUGGUCAGGUAAUGGUUGCUGUCCUUGCUUUUCCCUGCACUGGAUAAAUUGAUUUGGCUCUGUCAGAAUAUAUAGGAUUUAAGCACAUGGAGAGAUCGAUAGGAUCUGUUCCUAAACUAACUUUGGAUAUAUUUGUUCUAUUCUUAUCUCUAACUUUGCUGCAUUGUUACAGUUCAGAGUGGAAACAGUUUUAUAUUUUUCUGCUUCAAAUUGUGGCCCAGGAAGGCUGCAAAAUAAUCACUGAUCCACACAUCGUGGGGCUGCUGACUCAUGGCCUUCAAGCAAGCAUCACAACCCAAUCAGUUUGCAGAAUCAGAUUAGGGAGCAAAUUCAGCCCUACUGGGAGUCCAGGCAUUUCAGGAGCUGGGUUUGUCCCACUCAGAACAAAACAUGUAAGAAAAGCUGGAUUAUAAUUCCUUGCACCCCACAGCCUCCUCCAUUAAACUUGAGGUGCCAAGAGCAAACCUAAAUUUUCUGCAGUGUCUCACGAAUUUGGAAUGGUACCACCUUCUGAGAUACUCAAUUGAAUGUGGGUGUUGCCUUUUGAAGACCGUUUUCAGGGGUGCUGGAAGAGAAAGGGGUCGUUCUCAAGUGUCCACAGUAGGGCACCAUGGGAAUUGAGACCCUGGAUAUCACUAUUGCUUAUGAUUAUUUAGGCUGUAAGAUUUGAUCCUUCCCAAUUCAGCUUUUAGCAGCUUCUGUCUGAAGUGAAGUGAAGCAAAAUCCUGGAAGCAGGAUCCUAUCUCCAUCCUAAGAAUAUGCUGAGACUGAAGGUUACAUAGCCAACUGCAUUUUGUUUUCUAGUUAUGGCAUCUUAUUAUUACUAGUAUUUGUGCCUUGCUCACUGAAUUUUUCUCCAUGCUACAAAGAUGCUUUUCAGAUUCUGGCUGACAAGGGAACACAACUUUUAUACAAGUGGCCUUUAGUGCUCUUUAUAAUAUUAUUUAUUGUAAUUUUUAAACUGUAUGUGUAAUUUAUAUUCUGGCACUGUCCAAUAUUUGAACAACUUUAAUAUGUUUAUUUCAAUAUAUUAUGCAAACAAUACUU